ACCAGAAAAAAGGCUCAAUUUCAGUCAAAAAAAAAAUAACAAAAAAGUUAAGUUUUGAUCACGUUUUGAUCAUUUCACUUUCGAUUUUAACCCACAGAUUUCUUGUAUCUUAUUUAUUCCUAAUGAUUCUAAUAAAUGAUCAGUGCAGUGUAUUAGAUUAUGUUAUUGUUUAUUAAUGUCCUCUUUCAUUUCGAUCUAUUUGAAGAUGGAUAACAACGAUAACAAAUGCAGGAUUUGUUUCGAAAGUAAAAGAAACUUAUGUUCAGUUUUUGAGACUGAUCAAGGAUUAUCAUAUGCUUUAAUGAUAGCAUUAAUUACUGGAAUUAAGAUAGUAAAAGAUAAAAAAGAAUUGUUAUGCCUACUCUGUAGAAGGAAGCUUAAAGAUUUCUAUGAAUUUAAACUUUUGAUUGAAAGAUCUGAUGUAGAACUAAGUAAACAGUCAAAGGUAUUCAAGUUUAACACAAUAGAUGAAAUAAAAGUGGAAUUCGACUCACAACUGAAUCAUAUAGAGCCAGAAAACGUUGCAUCAGAUUACAAUAAUUUGUUUAAAAAUGAAAAUGACUGGGUUUAUUACAAUAACACAUUGAUUAAAAGGCUGAUUAAACAAGAGAGAAUAACAGUGCCAAUAGAAGAGUUUCUUGACACAAUAAAAUCUGAAGGAUUUGAGGAGAAUGGUCAUGUAGAUGAUUAUGUACAAGAUUCAAAUAUGGGUGAAGAAUAUAGUUUCAAAAGAAAGAAAAAACCAUCCAAGAUGACAAAAAAUUACAAAACAUCAAGUAAGUAUAAGACCGUGGAACCAUUAAAAGAUGUAAACAUAAUUCGCGUUAAGCCUAUUAUGUUAAAGGAUAUAAGGCUGCUGAAAACCAUCGUAAACAGUGUUGGCAAAAAGAAAAAAACCAAGCGUAAAAAAAAAGAAAGGUUAUGCCCUUUCUGUGGAAAAAUUUGUAAAAGUUUAAAAACACACAUUCUGAUACACACAGCGGAGAAAAAAUUCAAAUGUCAGAACUGUACAAAAUCAUUCCGCACAAUGGGAAAUUUACGGUAUCAUAUUAAGAAGUCGCACUCCACAAUAGAGGAAAAAUAUAAAUGUGAACACUGUAUUAACACUUUUUCUUGCAAAGGAUCCAUUAUGAGACACAUGGUGACACAUAUGAAAAGACAGUUUGCCUGCACAUUAUGUAAAAAGGAAUUCAGACUGAAAUACGCUUUAAAGCGGCAUAUGAUGAGUCACGGUAUAGGCGCUAGAACAAUUCAAUGUGACAUGUGUACCAUGACGUUCUAUAGCAAUGAUCAUUUAAAAGCCCACUACAGAGUCCACACGAGAGAGCGCCCAUACAAUUGCGAGCUUUGUUCGCAACCCUACAGCUACAAACGCGACUUUAAUAGACACUGCCUCAAGAAACAUGGUGUAAUAAUAGACCGUAGACCAGUACAUGUGAUGAACGAUGAAGUCCUCAAAUGUGAAAAGGCUCUAAUGAAAAACUUAAUGUUGCGUUUACACGGACUACCAACAGAAUCAGAACCGAUGAAUUCUUUUCAGGGGCCUCAAAAGGCGCUAGCUUUUGCUAAAGCCGUAAAAGUGAUGCAAAAUGGUCAAAUACCAAUUGAUGUUCAGUUGUAAAGGCUGGUACAGACCAAGCGCGACGGAACGACGAGUAACGACGCGUACCUACGUGUACCAUGAAUGUCUAAAUAUAUAAGAGGAUUGAUAUAGACUCAUGAUCCAUAUCUUUGAUGUUCAGUUGUUUCAACCAUGUUCUUGACCAUAAUCAAUAAAAAUAAAAAGAUUUAUA